GAACGCAGCACAGUACAUGCUCACCGUCCCCGCAGUCCACCGCACACACACACAGCCGCUACCUGCCAGGCGGAAUGGACGUCUCCUCCUCCGGUGCUCCGAGCUUCACCGUCAGCCCAGCGGAGCCGCGGGAGAAGCCAGGCCCGACAUGACAGCGCCGGACCGGGACAAGAAAGCCCGCCGGCCGCCGCGGCUCAUCGCCCGGACGGAGGCGGCAUGGGCUGCGGGUCGCUACGCCGUGCUGGCCGCCCUGUGCGCCCUCUGCUACGGCAACUCUCUCCAAGGGGAGCUGGUGCACGACGACGUGUGGGCGAUCAUCAACAACCCGGACGUCCGACCGGGCUCCAGCCUCGGAAACAUCUUCAGCAACGACUUCUGGGGGAAGAGGAUGGCGGACAACACGAGCCACAAGUCCUACAGACCGCUGUGCAUCCUCACCUUCAAGUUGAACAUCCUACUGGGCGGCAUGACUCCGCUCUACUUCCACGUCGUCAACGUGUUUCUGCACUGCGCCGUCACCUGCCUGCUCAUGCACACCUGUGAGCGCUGCACCUUUGAGGACUCGCGUCUCGCCUUCGUCACGGCGCUCUUCUUCGCUGUGCACCCCGUCCACACCGAGGCUGUGUCUGGGAUCGUGGGCAGAGCUGACGUCUUGGCCUGUCUGCUUUUCUUGCUGACGUUUCUCUCCUACAUCAGGAGCGUGGGGGUGUACGUCUCCGAGGACUCCUUCCCCUCCACUGUCUCUCCGCGUUGUCUCCUCGUCAGUCUGUUGCUCGGUACCUGCGCCAUGCUGGUGAAGGAGACGGGCAUCACCGUGUUCGGCGUGUGUGUGCUGUACGACGCCCUGGUGCUGUGCCGCAGGCCGCUCAUCCAGUAAGAACACCCUCGCUUUGUGUUUACACCUCCCGAUUCAUGUGGCUGUGGUCACCUGAGCGUGGUCACCGUUCUUUUUAAUUAAACGCUCGCUCUUCAUAUUUACUCGGGGAAUCAUCGGAGAGCGUCCCCGUGCGCACUGAUCUUUCGCCAUUUCUCUGCAAUGAUCAAAGUUGUCCCACCAACCUGAAGUCCG